CAAAAAACAAUUACCCCAUUUUCAAGAACCAGCUGCAGACCAAGUUUGAAAGGAAAAAAACCUCAGAAAAUGGAAGGAUUCAAAGUAGAUAAAUGGGGUUAUGAAGUAAAGACCAAUUCUGAUUCUUGCAUCUCUUCCAUUAAUUCUUAUUAUCAUCAGGUACUUAGUUAUGGAAGAGAGAGGUCAGUGAUAUUAGAAGCGCCAAAACAAGACCCAACUUGUGUUUUGGCUAAUAUUUUAGCUGCUCAUUAUCUUUCCUCUGCUGAUUCUUCACGUGCUUUGCCUCUUCUUCAAGCUGCCAAGUCUUAUCUUGAACAAGCUAGCUUGUAUGAGAAAGUGGUUUUUGAUGUAAUCAAUUGUUUGAUUUCUCCAAGUAGAGAUGAUGAUGUGGCUGUUGAACUACACUUUAAGCUGCUUAAGGAUUUCCCAAGAGAUCUGGUCUCUCUUAAAAGGGCUCAAGUGCUUUGUUUCUACAUGGGUCGCCCUGAUUUGUCUCUGAAACUUGUUGAGCAGGUCCUAUCAGUAAAUAAACAAGAAAGUUACAUUUAUGGCAUGCUCGCUUUUUCCCUAUUAGAACUUGGUCGAUACACAGAUGCAGAAGAAGCUGCAAACAAAGGCUUUGAGAUUGAUAGUGAAGAUGCCUGGACACACCAUGCUCUCUGUCAUGUUUAUCAGUACAAGUGUCGUUUUAAAGAAGCUGUACAAUUUAUGGAGAAGUGCUCAAGAACCUGGAGUUCUUUGUCAUCUUUUAUGUAUACACACAAUUGGUGGCACGUCGCGCUUUGUUAUUUGGAAGGUCAUUCUCCCAUGGAAAAAGUAAGAGACAUGUAUGACCAGAACAUCUGGAAAGAGUUGGAAAGAAGCGAUGCCUCUCCAGCCGAAGUGUACUUGAAUGCUGUUGGUUUGUUACUCCGGGUAUAUGUACGAGGUGGGAUUAAUGUCUUUGGGGAUCGUUUGAAGAUCCUAGCUGAUUGUCUGACAAAUAAAGCUUUCUGGUAUCUUGAAUGGCACCUGGAUGUAUUGGUGGUAUGGGCCCUAUCUUGUACAGGCGAAGUUUCUAAGGCAGAAGAGUUACUCGAGGGUUUGAAAUCCAGAAUUUCCAAAAUGACCAAGAAAAAACGACAACAUAUGCAGCGAGCAAUGCUGCUUGCAGAAGCUCUAUUCGAAUAUGGCAAGGGUGAAAAUGAACGGGCGUUGGAAUUUCUUGACGAGACAUUUGAUGCUAUUAACUACAAGGUAGUUUGGA